GAGAGGAGGAGGAGGAAGAGGAAGAUCUAAGUGGCUUAGACCCAGCAAGACUCACCUUCCUUCCAAGCCCCAGGUGCGAAAGAUGCGGAUCUCCUGUUUCUUUGGCUCCCUCUUCUUCUCCUUCUCCUUCUCCUUCCUGCUGCCUUCUGGGCGAGGCUGGCAGCCAGUGCUGAAAAACGAUGCCACCGAGAUCGUGCCGGAUUUCCCGGGAAACGCCGAAGCAGAGCCCGAGGAGCCCGUCUCCCUCCAGCCUCAGGAGAACGAGACCAUGAACAACCGAGCCCAGCCCCAAGGAGAGAGGCAGCCCCAGAUCUCCCUCCACAGGAUGGAGUCACUGGAAUUCAGCUGCCGGGAGGUGUAUUCUACCCACUAUGUUACUGAAGGCCUGUGUCGCAGCAUCAAGCCGAUUAGAGAGCUGGUAUGUUCCGGUCAAUGUCUCCCGGCCCAUCUCCUUCCUAAUUCAAUUGGCAAGGGGAAAUGGUGGAGGCAGAAUGCUCUGGAUUACCGCUGCAUCCCUGCCCACAGUCGCUCCCAGCGCAUCCAGCUCACCUGCCCCAAUGAGGACAUGCGAACGAUCAAGAUCCGAAGCAUCACUGCUUGCAAAUGCAAACGGUACACCCGCUACCACAACCGUUCCCAGCUAAAGGACUUCAGCAAAGAGACCGCCCGGCCUCAAAAGAACAAAAAGCCACGCUUCUCCAGAACCAGGGGUAGUAAGGCCAACCAGCCGGAGCUUGAGAACUCCUACUAGUGGAGGGCUGGUUUGAGUGAGGCUCAGCCCAGACGUGGAGAGAAUUAUUAUUUUUUGUGUGGCCCACCCUCCUAUUUUUUGAUGGCACCAGGAUCAAAAAUGGAACUGAUUGAGGAGGUUGGGUGGCCACAGUCACCACAAUAGCGGUCCUGUGGCCAGGGGGUUCAGUGCUGAUACAGGCCAAAGUUAUCACUCUCCUUGAGUUAUCCAGGGAGAAAGAGAGAGAUGGAGAGGCAGGAGGAAAAAGAAAGAGUGGAACUGGACGAGAGAGAAAAAAAGCUGUUAUCAGCUUGAGAGAGAAAAGUUACUCAUAGGUUAGGAAAGGUUGUUUGAUUCCUAAUCUGAAGAAAGGCCUUCCAUUAUCCAAGUAUUCCUUGUCCUUCCUUGAUUUGGUCAAGGACAAGCGUCUCUCUGUUAAAACAAACAUACAUCAGUUUAGAGCAAUGUGAUAUCUGAAAAGGCAUGUGUUCACCUGCACACAUUGCCAUGGCCGCCUUUCACGCUUUGCUUCCUCUUGAGUUGUGUAUGAACCAGAGCUUGGGAAAAGCUACUUUUGGGGUGUUACUUAAAGAAUGCCUCAGCCAUGGUGGCUGGGACAUUCUGGAUGUUAUAGUCCCCCCC